AUGUGCCAUUUCCACCUUGCGCAAAGUGUCUACCGUAGAAUUCAAGUGUUUGGGCUUGCUACACACUAUGGAACAGAUAAAGAUUUUAGUAUUUUAAUGAGGCAUAUUCCUGCCCUCGCAUUUUUGCCACAUAGUGAAAUACCUGCCAUGUUCGAUGAAUUAAAGAACUUAGAAUGCGGUGAAGAGUUGGUACCAGAAAUGGGAGACGUUGGUGAGUUUGUGCCAAGGCCACCAUUGAGAAGGCAGGCUAUAGAGCAUGAACUACAUAUACAGUCAGUGUAUAAUGAUCAUAAUCAUUGGUCUUUUAUGGAAUACCUUCGUG